AUGUACCAAGCGAGCGUUGGUGCUACGCCACCGGAGCGGCAACAGUAUGACUUCGAGCCAAUGGAGGCAUUCGCGCGCGAGGAAAAGAUCAAGCUCGGUAUUCAGUCCCCAGCAUCACCAUUGGCUUCAGGGAGUUUUUUCGGUAAGCCUCAAGCUCAACAGGUGCAGGUGUCCGGAGUGGAGACCAACGAGCCCGUUGCAAGUUCAAGCGGACACUUCACCAUCCCUCGAACGCGUCAUCGCAAGCUCUCCCAGAGCGCCCCCGCACCACGCCGCGGGAAGCUUGCUCUGUUCGAGCAGCCAGGCGCAGUCCCUCCCACGUCUGGGACGACGCUGAGUGUUGUACCGUCCUAUGACAAUCUGAAUGAUCUCAUCAGUGGCGUCGCUUCUGGAGGCGGGACGGGUAUUGGGGGACAUGGAGUAGGCGCGUCUGGGACCGGUCACGACAGGCCAUAUCGGUUCUCAUUCUAUUCUAAUGCACUGAGCGCUACGAUACAUGCACGCAGCCUCAGCGAAUUGCCUGCUGAGGGCCAAAGUUUCGAGGAUCUAUUUACGGGACGUCAGCCUUCUCUUCAGAAAGUCAACGCCCAAAUGUUCAGGCCUACUGUAAAUGGGAAGACAGGUACAGCCGGCGCGGCGGGUCCCGGCUCAGGGACACGUUCAUCAGCAUCUACACCAGCUCCCGGAGGCUAUGGAAAAGCACCCGGUGCAGGCAUAGAGGGCAGCCCCGAUAUCUACACCUGGUGGCUGGACGUGCUAUCUCCGACGGACGAAGAGAUGAGGUUGUUGAGUAAGGUGUUCGGUAUUCAUCCAUUGACCACUGAGGAUAUUCAAAUGGAAGAAACGCGGGAGAAAAUCGAGUUGUUCCGGAACUAUUACCUGGUAUGCUUCCGCGGCUUUGAUCAAGACCCUUACAGCCCGACAUACUUGGAACCACUGAACAUGUACAUCAUCGUAUUUCGCGAGGGCAUUCUGUCGUUCCACUUUCGACCCACACCACACCCUCAGAACGUACGGCGGCGGAUCAAGCAGCUCAAGGACUACAUCAGCGUGACGUCUGACUGGAUCUCAUAUGCACUGAUUGACGACAUAACGGAUGCAUUCGGACCCCUCAUCCAGGGCAUUGAGUACGAGGUCGACAGCAUCGAUGAGUUGGUCCUGAUCUUGAAGGAUGCAGAACAGAGUGACAUGUUGAGGAGAAUUGGCACUUGUCGCAAGAAAGUCAUGGGCCUUCUGAGGCUUGUGGGUAACAAGGCCGAUGUCGUCAAGGGUCUCGCUAAGCGAUGCAAUGAAAAUUGGCGGGUUGCACCGACUUCGGAUAUUGGUCUAUAUCUUUCCGACAUUCAAGACCACUUGAUCACUAUGACUCAGAACUUGAACCAUUACGAGAAGAUCCUUUCGCGUUCUCACUCAAACUACCUCGCACAAAUCUCCAUAGAAAUGACAGAGGCGAACAACCAGAUUAACGAUGUCCUCUCCAAGCUCACUGCGCUUGGUACGGUGCUAAUUCCGAUGAAUUUGGUGACCGGGCUGUGGGGCAUGAACGUGCACGUACCCGGACAAGACCUCCAGACGGGUUACGUGUGGUUUGGCUCGAUCAUCGGCGCGCUUGCAGCGUUUGCUAUCAUCGCUGGAUGGUCCACGUACAAGCUGAUGGUGCACCGGUGA